UGGUAAUUAGUUGCCGCCAGGCCACAUGUUGGCGAUUAGGAUCGGAAGAAUCCACCCAAAAAAUGAGACCGGAUCGCAUCCAUUCAUGCUUGCGCACCGCGGGGAUCAUUCUGUUCGAUUGACAACAACAACAACGAGAACGUCAACAGUCGACAGCAAUGCUUUCACUUGCGACUUUUCCAGGAACUUUUGAAUAAUUAACCAGUAGACAGUACGAUGAGUGAUGGUGCUGACAAUGAAGUCUUUGCAGGACCUUCUUGGGAAAGGCUAAUGACACCAGAAAACAUUCUAGGAUUGGCAGCUUACUUUGCCAUGCUCGGAUUUGGCUUUGCUCUUGUCAAGCGAUUAGCUGAUGAUGGAGAUAACCAAAUCUCGAAGAAAAAGUUGCCGGUUCGAGGGAAGCAUCUCGAUGAUUUCAACAAAUACGAUGAGCUGUAUCGAAGGAUCAAUAAGCUCCUUGCAGGGCCAUUCCUCCUGUUGGGUAUACACUGUGCAUUUUAUGAUCCUAACAUGUUAUGGGAAGUGAACGACCUUUCACUAAAAAGUGUGCUGUUUCCCAUGCCUCUCUACUUUGUCAUUUAUGAUUUCUUCUAUGCCACAACACACAUGACACUGCACUUGAAAGGGAUCUAUGCAUAUGUUCAUAAGCAUCAUCACAGACAACAGGCCCCAAGCCGUGGCAGUGAAGACUCCAUCAAUGUGCAUCCCAUUGAGUUCUGCCUGGGUCACCUCAACAGUAUCAUUACUCUCUUCCUUGUUUGUCGAGUGAUGCAGUUCCAUAUAGUUGGCUCCAACAUCCUUCAACUCAUCUAUGCUGCAACAUCCUGCUUUAAUCAUUCCCGUCAUGAUAUUACUAUCGCCAUUGGAGGAUUACAGCUCUGGACAUCAAAGGAUCAUGAUGUCCAUCAUCGCAUUCCCAACAGGAAUUAUGGACGGGUCAUUAUGCUCUGGGAUUGGAUAUUCGGUACAUUCCGACCGUACGAUGACAAUGAUCCUGUCAAUCCCAUUGCACAGCUGAACCCAGCAACGGGCAAGUCAUACGAAUAUGAGAAGCUACAGCAAAAGAAACUAACAUAAACUAUCUAUUGCAUAAAAACUUGCUUGUCUUGUUUAUUUGGUUGGUUGUACUUGAGGUCACUCUCAAGGUGC